AAAAUUGUCAAGUACCUUCUUCAAAUGGUCAUGAACAUCUUAAACCUCUUAAGAAACACUCUUAAUUAACACCAGGAAAUGGCUUCUCAUUUCUCAUUAGAAGUACAAUAAAUGUUUUGUCAAUCUACAUGUACAUUGACAUUUAACAAUAGCUCGAGAAAAUGUACAGGUGUCUUCUAGCUUGUUUGAUUUUAAUAAUUUGCUGCCAUGGCAGCGCUGUUAAACAAAUUGUGUGUCCAGAUGACUGUCUGUGUACUGGGAGAAAUUUUGACUGCUCAGAUAAAGAUUUAUCUGUAAUACCAUCAGGGAUAUCUAAUGCAGCCAAAUCAUUAGAUCUACAGAAAAAUCAAAUAGCAGAUUUAUCGUCCAACCCGUUUUCAAAACUUCAAUUAUUGCGGAUACUGAAUCUUGGAUUUAACUCGCUCACCCAGAUAAGAUACAACGAUUUUAAUGGAUUAGUGAAUCUAAGAACACUUGACUUAAGUUUUAAUAGGAUAAAUACAAUUCAUAAAAAUUCUUUUAGGAAUUUGGAUAAAAUCAGUGACAUUGUGCUGCGGGGUAACGAACUAACAAAUAUUGAUGGAAUAUUUACUUAUAUGAAUGGGAUGGUACGUUUGGAUCUGUCAAAUAAUCAAAUAGACAAGAUAUCUAGCGAAUCUUUCAAAAACAUGACAAACCUUCGCUAUUUGUUGCUUGGAUCAAAUAGAAUAACAUCUAUUGAGGUUAAAGCCUUUAACGAUAAUAACUUGAUCUCAUUUAUUUCACUAACUGGGAACCCUGUCAUCGAUGUUGAUGGUCUAUUCAUCAAAAACAAUGUGUUGUCUUUUAUAGAACUGACCAACUGUUCGCUGAAAACUUUUCCUAAAGGAUUACCACGUAUGACCAGAUUUUUGUACCUAGAUCAGAACAAUAUCACGUCUAUAACAAAGAAAGAAAUUGAACCAGUUGAAAGUUUAGUUAACCUUUUCAUCUCUGAGAAUCAAAUCCAGUUCAUUGAAAGAGAUGCAUUUGCAGGGUUAAGAGGUUUACAGGAAUUAUGGAUCAAUUUUAAUCAAAUAAAUGAAGUACCAAUACCACCUUUAGAAGCUAAAAAGUUACAUAUAGACAAUAACAACAUAGCACAUGUUCGGAAAAAUGAUUUUCAAUUUGGGUCUAAACUGGAGACAUUAUCUAUUAAGAAUAAUCAAAUAUCUGUUAUUAACGCAGAAACAUUUGAAAAUCUGACAAAUCUUCUGAGUUUAUACUUGGGUGGAAACAGUAUAACUGUGUUACCAGAUAAUGCAUUUAAACCACUGCUCCUUCUAAAGGAUCUCGGUCUGACUGGAAUGGAUUUUGAUUACAUAGGAAAAGAUGUGUUCAAUAAACUUAAUAACUUAGAUAAGCUGAUAAUGUCUUUUGUAAUGAUUGGUGAAAAUGCUUUACAAGGAAAUAUUUUCAAACAUCUAUCUAACCUUAGAAUUUUAGACCUACAAGAUAGUCCUGAACUUGCCAGCCAUGUUUUAGAAUCUGAGGAUAUGAUGAAAUCUUUAUUUACAGUUGAGGAUAUAAAUUUAAUGGAUAAUGAAAUAAAAACUGUGAAUUCAAAUAUAAUGAAGUAUUUACCAAGACUACAUACUAUUCGAUUUGAAGGAAACCAAUUUCACUGUGAUCUCCGUCUGCGAUGGUUAUGGAAAUGGAUUGAUAUGCAAAAAUAUAAAUUUGAAAAUGCUGACUCCCUUCAAUGUUUUUCUCCUCCUCAGCUACGAGGAAGCACAUUUUUGAGUUUAAAAUUCGACCAAUUUGUUCCAACAACGCUUAAACAAGUUGUGUUAUCAACAAAAGGACAGGUAAUGUCAAAAACAACUAAAUCUCCACACGUUAUAUUAAAUUCUACCAAUCUAGGAAAUGAAACUUUAACCUUUGAAAUGAUAAAUGAUACUGUUAAUGAAAAUUUAGAUAGCUCAUCUCUUCCGCCAGGAUAUGUUCCAAAUCAAAAAGAUUUAGUACGUUCUCAAAAUCAACAAGACAAAGAUUAUGAAGAUAAAAUAAACAAAAUUCUAAUUAUAACUGUGGUGACUACUCUAGCUGUCGUGUUAUUUGCAGUCAUUGUGACAACUGUAUCCUGUCUAAAAUGCAACAGAAAGAAGGACUCUUAUAAUCGUACCGAUACCUUCCCAGACAAUGAUGUAACUUUUUACGUUAUAAGUGAUGAAGCACCCCCACUACCGCCUCCAAACACCACAAGGAAAGACAGAGGAUCUGUGAGUUCAACCCGUGACAUUACUAAUGACAAUGUCUUUAUCAUUGACAAUGACAGUUCAUAAUGUUCAAAUAAAACAGGAGAAACAAUUUACAACUAUUUUAAUUCAAAUCACUGGAUUGGUCUUAAAUGUAAAUGUGAAAACUCAAAAGACAAAAAUAAAAUGUGAAAAGGGA